CGUGAAUUCAGUUUGCCAGCUUUGGGUCACGGCGUCUGCUGCGUCUGCGAGAGGCAAUGUGCAUUCUGACGGCGGCUGAAACACUGACCUGCCAAGCACGAUCAUGAUCAUACCCCAGCAUACCCCGCCACAUGGAGAUCACAUCCGGCGCAGGAUUUACACGUGCCGACAAAUGUGGGGAAACCGACUGGACGGUUCCGACGAGUGCAUCGGCUGUGUGAGCCUCGUGAACAUCCACCGCUCGAUAUAAACGCCGGGCUACCCGUCUCCGCUACUUUCAUCCCAGACCCUCGCUGCGCGAUAGUGGAUAAGGCGGUCGACACGGCGUACGAAUAGUCCAUCCCUGAAGGUCGUACUGUGACAAGAUGGAGUUCGUCGGCCCAGCAUCGGACAGUCUUCCUCACAUUCCGGAUGAUCUGACUUGUGCGCAAUUCAUGCUUGACGAAGACCAUUCUGCAAGACCGGUCGCCGCUGCGUCUCAGACUGCCCCAUGGAUGAUCGAGGAUGCCACUGGAAGAAAGAUUGCCCACUCCGAGGUCCGCGAGCGAACGAAGGGACUGGCAAAUGCGCUGAGCCUGCGGUGGGGGAUUUCGGAGGAUGAUGUAGUCUGUAUAUUCAGCCCGAACCACGUUGAUUACCCCGUUGCGAUCUGGGCUGUCCACAGGUUAGGGGCCAUCAUAACAGCUGCAAAUCCGUCCUACUUAGCAGGCGAACUCGAGUACCAGCUCACUGCAACGAAGGCGAAGCUCAUGAUCGUGCACUCGUGGAGCCUCGCGGUCGCGCUGGAUGCGGCACGCUUAGCAGGCAUACCACCGGAGCGUAUUGUCCUCCUGGACUCUCCGUCGCAGCAGGUGGCGCAUGUCACUGUGGACGAACUGGUCAAAGAGGGCCUUUCAAAGCCGCUAAAUUUUGUCGAGCGCCGACUCAAGCCUGGAGAGGGCCGCACGAAGCUGGCGUUUCUGAGCUUUUCUAGCGGGACCACUGGCAGGCCCAAGGCAGUAUGCAUAUCGCAUUACGCGCCGAUCGCCAAUGUGAUCCAGAUGAGCCAUUUAGCGAACCUGCAAACAGGUCCGUUGCAGGACAGAAAAUGGCGUGUCGGGGAUGUGGUCAUGGCUGUUCUACCGUUCUUCCAUAUCUAUGGCCUCGUGGUGGUCAUGCACUUUACGAUAUUCUAUGGUUCGACGCUGGUAGUCGUCCCCAAAUUCAACUUUGUGGACUUCCUCAAGAGCAUUGAGCGGCAUCGUGUUGGGUUCCUGCCCAUUGUGCCGCCUAUGGUCGUUCUGCUAUGCAAGCAUCCGGCUGUCAAGCAAUACGACCUCAGCACCGUGCACGCCAUAAUGUCAGGCGCGGCGCCACUUUCUGCGGAACUGACGAAGCAGCUGUCAGAACUAUUGCCACAGGCGAGCAUCGGUCAAGGCUAUGGUAUGACGGAGACCAGCACCACCGUCUCCUUCCCACAGGUCGAACAGAAGAUAUGCACGCCAGGUAGUGCGGGGAGGCUGCUCCCGGGGAUUACCGCCCGUGUGGUGAAGGAAGAUGGAUCGUUGGCUGGGUACAACGAGUCUGGAGAACUUUUUGUGAAAGGCCCGGCGAUGGCGUUGCGGUAUUUGAACAACGAGGAGGCGACGAAGGAGACUUUCAUCGACGGGUGGGUAUGCACUGGCGACGAAGUCAAGAUCAACGAGUCGAUGGAGGUGUUCGUCGUUGAUCGCAUCAAAGAAUUAAUCAAGGUCAGAGGAUUCCAAGUGGCGCCAGCAGAAUUGGAAGGACACCUGCUCGAACAUCCUGAUAUAUCGGAUGUGUGCGUUGUUGGGCUGCCGGACGACUAUAGCGGCGAGCUGCCCCUCGCGUUCAUUGCGCUCAACCCCAUAGCGAUCGAACGUGUACAGCAGGAUCCUAGGGAGGCAGAUAAGAUCAAGGAUGCCAUCAUCAAGCACGUCGCCGAUGCGAAGGUACAUUACAAGCGCCUAGCUGCCGGGGUGGAGUUCAUCGAGGUGAUUCCAAAGAAUCCCAGCGGGAAGCUACUGCGACGAGUGUUGCGUGACAAGGCGAAGGAGAUGAUGGCUCAGGGCAAGUUGUCGAAGCCGGUCAAGGCGAGGCUGUAGGUGACUAUUGGUUGUGGG